CCCAGACUGCCCCACUUUCUUUCUUCGUUUCUCAACUUUCUGAUACUCUUCUCCCUCCCACCCCUUGAUUUGACCACGUCGACAUCACAACAGCCACCACACGAGUCACGACAUCACCUCACCAUCAUUUUUAGAACUGGAACCUUUAUGAGACUAAUGGAGUCGACUCGAAUUUGACAUCACAUAGUAGCCAAUGACCAUAUGCCAUCACCCUCACCAUCGCCUCUUGACUCUCAUAUGAAGAUCUCUUGUUUGAGAUCGGUGAAGACGAAGAUGCCUUGUUGCAGAUCGAAGAAGAUGGAGGUGCCUUGUUGUUGAUCAUAGAAGAUGAAGAUGCCUUGUUGCAAAUCAUAGAAGAUGGUGGGCACAAGGCUCCAGACCGGAGAAGACGGGGGGGGGGGGGUUCAACGAUUUAUAUGAUUGUUUUUUUUUUGAAAAAGGUUUUGGGAUUUAGUAGGAGAUACUUUAGGUUUUGAGAUUUGAAAACAAUUUAUAUGAUUCGAUUAAUUUGUAUGCAUGUCAACCUUUUUUAGGCAAGUGGGUUCAGUAGGAGAUACUGGAAAUCCCAAAACAUUUUUCAUAGCAAAACAAUCAUAAUGCUACUGCUUCGAGAACCAUGAGUCGUUCAAUUCUUGUUGCAGAUUAUCCUAAUGCUACUGCUUUUGAUUUGAGCUGUCUUGGUUGUCGACAGGAGAAGAUGAAUGAUGCGCUAACAAAAUAAAAUGGCAUUACUCGACUCAGCCUGUCCCGUUGCAUUUUUAAACCGAUUCAAUUCGGUUCUUUCAAAUAUAGGCCCGGCCCAGCCCGUGCCCACCAAUAGUCCAAACAGUGUAAAAAAGAAAUUUAAAUUUAAAACUCUGGUGCUGCCUAUGAAAGCUUUAGGCGGGGGGUGCCACAGCCUGUGGGAUAUUUCUUAUAUAUUCACCGAGUCGCUCACGCUCAUCAAUUCAGGAAGAAGGCGAGUCCAGGGUAUGGCAGUGGACACCAAUUUCGCAUCCUCAUUUCGAUAACCUAAAGCUGGACGAUCCAUGGCUUCCUCCAACUAAUUGGGAAUCGAUCCCAUCCGAAACCGGAAAUUCCCACCUUCUAAACCCCAACUCCUCUUCCUCUCAGUCUCUCUACAAUGCCUCCGUCGUCUCCGAGGCAAGUUUGGUGCGGUUGGCUAUGAAUGCACUGCAAGGAGUCGAAUCGGCCCUUGUUAGUAUCCGGAAGCUUUCUGCUGCAUUUUUCUCCGACCCGGCGGAUCGGACCUUCCAUCAGAUUCCACGUCUGUGGAAUAGGUCCUCUAGCACCCAUGCUCUGGGAAGCAUUCUCCAACCCAUUGGCAGCUCAGGUUGUGGAAGGGUACAUGUGUGCACUGGAUACAUUGUAUGCAUCAGUGGGUUUGAGGCGCUCUUCACGUUCUUCUUCUGCGGUGGGAUGUAUGAACAGUGUAGUGUAUUCUGAACUUACUUUGUUGGAGUUGUAUUUGCAUACGAAAGAAUUAAGGACUCAGAUUGAGGCCCUUACGAACUUAUGCAACUUAUGUCAGUUCUCUAGUUGCUUAUCAGUAUCUUCUUUGGAAGAAUUGGUUUCAAAUGCAAAUUUUGAAUUUUCUAAGUUCUAUAGAGGAGGGGAUUUGCUCACAUAUCUGUAUACUCAAUUACAGGUUUCUGAUCCUGCUCACCGUCCUCUACUCAAAUUCAUUUUUCUCCGUACAUUUGAGCCAUAUUGUGGGUUUAUUAGAUCAUGGGUAUUCAAAGCUGAGAUUAGUGAUCCUUACAUGGAGUUUGUGGUAGAAUAUGUUGACAGUAUGUCUCAAAAUCAAUGUGGUAAAGCCGGAAACCCUAUUGACUUCCCAUUGGCAACUAUUAAGGAACGAGAUGGAGUUGCUGUUCCUUGUUUUUUGAAGGACUUCUUGAUUCCACUUGUCCGAGCUGGUCAGCAACUGCAAGUUCUGGUGAAAUUGCUUGAAUUGUGUACUUUUGUUGCCACCAAAGACCAUACUUAUGAGGGGUUUCUUCCCUGCUGGAGUGGGUUUUCGGGCAAUUGUCCAUGGUAUGCAUCUCUGUUGACAUUCAGCAAAGGAAGUAUAGAGGCCAGGAUACUUUCGAGGGACAGUUAUUACAAAAAGAUGCAGGAAAAACUUGAGAAUCUUUCGGCGAAAUUAGAAUUCAGAUAUCAACAGGUAGUUCCGCAAGGCAGACUGCCCGUUCGCUUGGAUAAUAAUGGAAGGAGUUCCACCAUCCCAUUUCUAUUCACAUUGGAUGACAAUGUUGAUAGUUUUAUUGCUUCUCCAACAGAUGAUGAAAGGGAGUCACAUGUGGCAGUUCAUGAUUUGGAUUCUGAUGAAUUAAGUGAAAGGGAUGGUCUAUCUGACCUGGUGGAUACAUACGAUUCAUCUGAAUGUUCAACCUCCUGUUAUUCUGAAGAGCAAAAUGUGCCAGAGCAAAUGAUUGGGCUUCCUAAUCAUAUCAUUGAGUUGGAGCAAAAAUAUUUAUCUACUUUAAGCUUUUCAAUGAGUAGUCCAGUUGAAAAUUUGCAAAAUCCUCAUGUAUGUGAAGAUUUGUAAGUGACCCGAAUAAAUUUGGUGAAGAAAGAGAUUCCCCUGUACAUUCUCAUCAUGAAGGAAAGUUUACAAGCCA